AUGAUGGGAGAAAAUAAAAGGGCUUUGUUAUAUCUGAGUAAUCACUCAGACAAUAUACGAAGCGUAAAAUUUUUUAAGGAUAAUUUAUUAAUAUCUACUUGCGAUUGUGGAGUUGUUACUAUAUGGAAUUUAAGUGAUAAAAGAAGUGUUGGAAAAUAUAAGGUAUCAAAUCAUAGUGCAUUUUAUGCAUCUGCAUUUGAUAAGGAACAAUUUUUUGUGAAAACAAAAGAAGGAUCGGUAAAAUUAUGGAAUUUGAAUUAUGAUUAUUGUGUGAUGAAAUUAGAUACUAAUAAUUUUAGUUAUGCGAAACCGUAUUGUGUAAAUGGUAAUAUAGUUACACCUAUAAAUCACGAUGGGGAUAUUGCCAUAUGUGAUAUGAGGGAAAAACAUGAUUUGUUGCUUCAUACUGGUGAGAAUAAAAAUAUAGAAAAUAAAAUCCCAUGCAAGGGUAAGUUAACUUCCCUAAGUAGAGAUAACAAAAAUAUAAAUUGUAGUAUCGAAAAGUAUGCCAAGAGUAAAGUGACAGAAGAAGAUGUAUUUUGUAAUAAUAAGUGGGAUAAUUUGAAGACAGGAAAUAAUAACAAAUUGGUUAUACACUUUGAUGAAAUAAAGAAAAAAGUUGGACAGAUCAAAAUUUUAAGUUUCUGUGAAAAACAGCAUGAAUACAAACAUGUUUUGAACACUGAUUUGAAUUUGAAAUUGUGUAAUAACAUUUUGGAUAUUUAUCCAGUUCCAUUUUUUGGAGAGACGUAUAUGAUAGCAUGUUAUGAACCCUCCGUUUUUUUCAUCUACGAUUUUAGAAUGACAAACCAAUUUGUUUCAAGUUUUAUGAUAGAUGUUAAGGAAAAUGUUUUAAGUUAUCAUAUAAACAAAAACAACUGUUUAGUUAGCACUAAUAAUGGUUCAGUAUACUCCCUACUGCUUGAUCAAAAUGAACAGACUUAUAUAACCAAAAAGGCACAUACAAAUGACAACAUGGAUAAUAUAGUUAUAAGAGCAGAUAGCAAAAUAUUUAUUUCCACUACAAAUAACUGUACUAUUAAUAUAUGUGAUUUAAGUCAAAUGAAAAAAAUAGACUAUAUUUCAACGUAUAAAUUUAACUAUUUCAACUUCUUAGACUUUCAUCCUUUUUCAGGUUUUUUCGCUGCAGCAGAACGGAAUAAAAUUUCCCUUUGGGUAAAUCACGCUCUCAGCUUUGAAUUACCAAAAAGAGGUAAAGAAUUGCUACCUGCUUUAUGA